GACUAUUACUAGUACUUGUACGUAUUCGAUUCUAUCGAACAAAGCGAUUUUUUCCGACAUGCUUCGAAAUGACUGAAUUGCCUGAUUCUUGAUCGACCUACUGUAAUGACCGCAUCGUACAAUAAGUGCUUACCGGUACCAACACUGUAUUCAACUGAUUUCAAACGCAUCGCUUUUUUGGGAGAACUCAAAGUAUCUUCAAUGAAGCACAACGCAGAAAAAACCGAAAAAACACAUCGGGAACAAGUUGAUUGAACUACCGUUGAUCUUCACACAGCGGUCUUCCCUGGCAUUUCUUGUUCAGCCAGCAAUCACCACCAUGAUGAGCGCAUGGGAAGCCCAGCAGCGGGCCCAAAAGGAGCAAGAACGGAAGGCAAAAAUGGAGGCCGCUGCCGCCCUGCAAAGUUAUCGCCGAUCUGGAUUGUCGGAGGAAGAAAUGAAGCUCGCGGCUUUGCGAGAGCAGGAUCGCAUGCAGAAACAGAGUGCCGCAGAACAACUCCGCGGCUACCGCGGCCAGCUCUCUGAAGAGGAAGCGCGACUGGCGGCCCAGAAGCAAGAGGAACUCCGCAGAAAGCAGGCGACGGAGGAACAGCUCCGGAACAACGGCGUCGUUUCGGCGCAAGACCCCACGGCCCGCAACGAAUCCAUUCUGCGGAUGAAGGAUUCGGGGACUGUGUCGGAACUAGCGGCUGGCUACACUUCCCCUCAGGCAACACACGUGCACGCAUCGUCGCCAACAGCUUCUGCUAGUCUCGGCACAAUGGGCCGCCCCGCGCAGCCUGAUUUUUCGGUGGCAACAAUAGGAAGAGAAGCGACCGAUGACAGUGCCGGAUACCCGAUGACGCCCGCAUCUCCAGUCCGAUCCAAGGCAAUGUUCAUGUUUGGAAUUCUUACGCGUAAGGAUGUCGAUACCGCCUCGUCGGAGGAGCGGUCCCGAUUGGUUUCCCGGUACCUAGCGCGGGCGGACGAGAUUGCCAGAUCAGUCAUAGAUAUAUCACCCUCGUAUCAAUCGAUACGGCAGUCAUUGGAAUAUCCUAUAGCCAGCACCGUAGUAAAAGACCGCUGUGAGUAUUGAGUUGGAAAUGUCGAAACGGGGCUGCAAGGAAGUGGUAUUUGUGGAAGAAAUCGAAUAGAAUAGAAUCUAUUUUUUCACAAAACCAGAGUGGGUGUAUUUAGUUGCCUUGCAUGGUUUUUUUGCAUCUCACUAUCUGUGCGUUCUUUCUUUGUCGCUCUCUUCUCUAACGCACACACACGCCAGCCCGCAUAGAUUCUCAUCGAACCACGGUGACGGUCACCAUUCCGUUCACGGCACCGGAUCAAGCCACAGCCCGCAGCUUUCAAUCGAGCAUCAUCCAGCGCGUGCGGGCCGCCAUUGCCAAUGGAAGCUUUACUCGACACUAAACAAUGCCGUACAUAUAUUCCAUUCACCCUUGUUGCAAACAAUCAUUCGAAGCAUUGGGCAUUCAGUUUAUGGCAGGCCGAAUGAUUCGGUGUUUUGGAUACAAAAGCCGAUUUGUUGUUUGAAUUGGAGAAUGAAGGGAGUAGUUGUGAAAUAUGAAAGCUAGCAUUUUGACUGAAGAGUUCGUUGUUGACGAUGGUGGUGCUGCUUCAAUGUCCCAAACAUACGCAGAGCGACACCAUUUUUCGAACCACACAUAAACACAUAAAGAUAGUACUCACCCAGAUCCAAAAAAAAAUCUUAAUAUUAU